CACUGCUGACUGAACUAAAAAUAGUUGGGUGAAAGACAAGCAUGCUGUCCCUAUGACUCGGCGACAGCAUUUUGUGUCCCUGGUUCAACAAUCAGCGACAGGAUCCAGUGUAUUUAGCAAGUUAUUUUAAAUGAUGUGUGAUUUCUGCUUUCGUUUGACCCACAGAUAAACAUUGGACAUAAGUGUUGGUUGUCUUGAAGCCCAUUAAGAGUGCUGGUCACCUGCAUCAUCAUGGUACGUAAUGUGGACGACUUGGAUUUCUGCCUGUCCUCUCACCCUCAGAGCAUCCUAGAGGGCUUGCGUUCUCUCUGCUCCAACCCCAAGCUGGUGGACAUCACCCUGAGCGCUGGUGGACAGGACUUCCCAUGCCACCGUGGCAUCCUAGCUCUCUGCAGCCUCUACUUCCGCUCUAUGUUCUCGGGGGACUUUGUAGAAAGCAUAUCAGCCCGUGUGGAGCUUCAUGAUGUGGAUCCUGAUGUGCUGGCCACUCUGCUGGACUUUGCUUACACUGGAAAGCUUACUAUCAACCAGAGGAAUGUAGAAGGCCUCAUAUCCACCUCAAGCCAGCUUCAGUUCCACACUGUGCGUGCUGUUUGCAGCCGGUACCUCCAGCACCAGAUCGAUGCCACCAACUGCCUAGGCAUCCAGGAGUUUGGAGAGAUUCACGGUUGCCCUGAGGUAGUGGCCAAAGCCAAAGCCUUCCUGCUGGAAAACUUUGAGGCUGUGCAGCAGCACGAGGAGUUUCUGCUGCUGGAGGAGGACAAGCUGGCGGCCUGUCUGAGAGACGAUGCUCUGCAGACGCGGGAUGACUGUGCCCGAGCUGAGGCGGUUCUUGCUUGGGUCAGGCAUUGCAGGGACAGCCGGAUCUGUCACUUGCCAGAAUUACUGAGACUGGCGAGACUCCCACUUCUACCUGAGACUUACCUUAAGGACAGCCUGCUGAAAGAUCCACUGGUCCAGGACUCAAAGGAGUGCAGAGAACUGCUGGAGGUUGUUUGCAGAGAGAAAGUUCAUAUGCAGGUGGGCGAGUCAGAGCAGAGCCUGUUCCAGAACACCCCUCAUAACCUGCAGGAAGUGCUGUUUGUGAUGGGUGGCCGUUCACUGGAUGACUCUGAUGAUGAAGACGCGGAAGAGGAUGGUGAGACAGAUAGCAGGAUUCACCCCAGGAACUGUGCCUUCUACAACCCAAAGCUUCAGCAGUGGCAUCAGCUACCUGACUUUCCCAACUACAAUAAGUGGGGCUAUUCUGUUGUGUCUUUAAACAAUGAUGUUUAUGUCACAGGAGGUUCACGAGGUUCCCAGUCCAACACCUGGUCGACCACAGAAACCUGGAAGUUUAUCACUCGUGAAGGGAGGUGGGUUACGGUAGCUCCAAUGCUGCGGCCCAGGACUAACCACUCCUCAGCAGCUCUAAACGGAGAGAUUUACAUUAUCGGUGGCACUACGAUGGACAUUGUAGAAGUGGAGCAUUAUGACCCAUACAGUGAUAGCUGGGCUCUCACAGCCCCUGCAUUGAAAUAUGUGACGAACUUCACGGCCACCGCAUGUCUGGGGAAGCUGUAUGUCAUCGGCUCCUGUGCUGUCAAAUAUAAUGCCCUGACCCUGCAGUGCUUCAACCCUGUCAUAGAUGGCUGGAGUAUCAUCUGUUCUCCAUUCAUCCCGAAGUACCUGUCCUCUCCUCGGUCUGUUUCUAUGGAUGGGGUUAUUUAUCUGAUAGCAGACAACACAAAGAAGGUGUUCCUCUAUGACCCUGAUGCUAAUAUAUGGCAGAAAAUCCAGUUCCUGCAUAAGCUUCAUGAGAACGGAGGUUUGGUUGUCCUGGGAGGGCAACUGUAUGUGACAGGGGGCCACUGGAAAGGAAUGGAGGGUGAUUACAGUGUGGAGGUGGAGGUGUAUAAGCGAGCAUCCAACACGUGGAGGGUGGAGUGCUUCCUCCCCAGGCUGUGGUAUUACAGUGGCUGCUGCUCUGUCUUCCUCGACACAGCCCAGUGGCCUGAGCUCUUCCCCGAGGAGACAUGAAGGAGCCCAUCAUGGUGAGAGAAAGCUGUUCCUACCUGCUGCUGCAGAACCAGAUAAAGUUUCCACCCAGAAACUUUUUUGUUACUUCCGAGAAAAUCUGCUUGAGUAAAAUUGAAAACGUACUUCCAGGAGCAUGGAAAGUGGAAGUACUAAUGAAAGAUUUUUCGUCUCAUUUUUCCUGACUAACUCUGUUAUUUUUUAACAAUACAUUACCUCUGAUAUGACUACAACAAAGUUUCUGACUUACAGAUUGGAAAGUUAAUAACUAAAUAUUGUGUAUGAAAGUAAAAAUACAUGAAAUUACUAACCACCAUUUAAAAAUGCUUGAAGAAAAUAAUAUUUCUAUCCAGGCACUGGACAAACAGGGCUUAUCUGUUUAUCUAGACUUUUGUGAACAGGACAGCCUUUUCCAUGUUUAUUUGUAUUUCGCUCUGCGCUGUAAGAUUGAUGUGUAAGAUUUUUCUUUGAUAAAAACUUUUGUCUCCAAUUAAAUACUAAAUAAACCAUUUUUUUUCUUAAAUUACAUGCAUGUAUUAUAAUUGUGAUCAUGUUUUUGCUGACAAGAAAUAUGCUUAGUUGUCCAAAAGACCCAUUUAAAAGGUAAUGCUGUUGUGACAGGCAGUGCCCUAGACAGUUAUCAUACAGGUUAAAGUAUAGGCUACUUUAAUUAAGUAAAUAGUUGAAAACAUAAAAGCAUGAGGAUAAUUCCUGUUUUAUCAUCCUUGAAUGCCAUUACAUAUGGAAUGCAGUUAAAUGGCUCUGGCUUUUUUCUUUUAUAUAGAUAGCUAUUUUGUUUAAACUCCUCUCAAUCUGCCUCUGUCCUCUGUUUAGCAAGUUAUUUAAAAUAAAUAACUUAUUAUAAGUGUCUAAAACAUUAUUAUGGCAUUAUUACUCCUGCUCAAAUAUAUUUCUCAAGAAAGGAAACUACUUUAGUAUUCAGUAGUGGGGGUAUCAUGAUUGGGUUUAAUAGGAGUAUCCAACAAAGGCUCAGUCCUUGCAAGCAAAGGUGGGUCAUGGCUCACCACUCUGUGCCAAACCUCAUGAGAGAAUUGUCAAACAACAUUUCUCAACGCAAGAUUGCAAAGAAUUUAGGUCUUUCACCAUCUACUGUACAUAAUAUUGUAAAAAAUCUCUAGGCUGGAAUCCACUGUUGAAUGUGUGAUACCUUCAAGCCCUUAGGUGUUUUUGCAUGAGAAACCAUCAAGCUACUGCAUUAAAUAUAACCACAUGGGCUCAGGAGUACUUCAGUAAGAUGUUGUCACUAAACACAGUCCGCCACUGUAUCAAGAAAUGCAACUUGAAACACUAUUAUGUGAGGAAAAAGACAUAGAUCAAUUCUGUGCAGAAAUGCCGCCAAGUUCUCUGGGCCUGAGCUCAUCGCAAAUCGUCUGAAAGACAGUGGAAAUGUGUGAUGUGGUCAGAUGAGUUCACGUUUCUGCUUGUUUUGGGGGAAAAUGGAUGCUGAGUUCUCUAUGCCAAAGAAGAAAGGAACCAUCCAGACUUUUAUCAGAAACAGGUACAAAAGCCAACAUCUGUCACGGUACCAGGGUGCAUCAGUGCCCACAGCAUGGGUGACCGCAUGUGUGAAGGUACCAUUUAUGCAGUCCAGAUCUGUUUCUUAUUUAAAAUGUAUGGUGCAUCAUGAAGAGGAGAAUUAGACAAUGAUGGACGCAGACUGUUGAAUGCUGAUGUCUUGUAUCAAGCAAAAAUGAGCUAAAAUUCUACUUGCAAAACUGCAACAUUUAGUUUCCAAACGAUUAAAAUAUGUAAUAUAAAGAAAAAAAAGAUGAUGUAACACAGUGGUAAACAUGCCUCUGUCCCAACUUUUUUGAGUGUGUUGCAGGCAACAAAUUCUAAGUUUGUUUAUAUUUACAAAAUACAAUUAAAUUGGUCAAUGAAAUCACUGGAUGUCUGUUCUUUGUACUUUUGUCAGUGAAAUAAAGGUUCAUGAGA